CCUGCCUCCUCCGAUUCUGGUCGCCGCGGUGCCGCCGCCGCCGCCGUCCCCGGAUGUACUAGCAGACGCACCCGGGUGGCGUCUGCGUUUGGAGUCGGUAGGAGGCGGCGGGAGCGUCUCCAGUGAGGAAGGAACCAUUCCGGCGAAGGGGGUGUCGGAUAGUCCGUCGCCAACAUUGCGCUCCUCCGCUGGCGGAGGCCGCAUCCAACCUUGCCGCUCAAGUGCCGGAGACCGCCGGGCUGCCGUGGUCCCGGCGCGGCAGCGGGAGGAGACUGCUGCUGCUGCCUUUCCCGUUAUCGGCGCCGACGGUCCGCAGCCGCCCUCUUCCUCGCCCCCGCCUCGCCCAGUGAGGGCCGCCGCCCCGGCCGGAGGCGCUGAGCGAGAUGAGCAACUCGCGGAACAACCGGGUGAUGGUGGAAGGCGUCGGGGCGCGGGUGGUGCGCGGCCCCGACUGGAAGUGGGGGAAGCAGGACGGCGGCGAGGGCCACGUGGGCACCGUGCGCAGCUUCGAGAGCCCCGAGGAGGUGGUGGUGGUCUGGGACAACGGCACGGCCGCCAACUACCGCUGCUCGGGCGCCUACGACCUGCGCAUCCUGGACAGCGCGCCCACCGGAAUUAAACAUGAUGGAACAAUGUGUGAUACUUGUCGCCAACAACCAAUAAUUGGUAUUAGAUGGAAAUGUGCUGAAUGUACAAAUUAUGACUUGUGUACAGUAUGUUAUCAUGGGGACAAACAUCACCUGCGACAUCGCUUUUACAGAAUAACCACGCCAGGAAGUGAAAGAGUACUGCUGGAGUCUCGACGUAAAUCAAAGAAGAUUACUGCAAGAGGAAUAUUCACAGGUGCCAGGGUGGUUCGAGGAGUUGACUGGCAAUGGGAAGAUCAGGAUGGUGGCAAUGGACGUAGGGGAAAGGUAACUGAAAUCCAGGACUGGAGUGCAUCAAGCCCACACAGUGCAGCAUAUGUUUUAUGGGACAAUGGAGCUAAAAACCUUUACAGAGUUGGCUUUGAGGGCAUGUCAGAUCUUAAAUGUGUCCAAGAUGCCAAAGGAGGCUCCUUCUAUCGAGACCACUGUCCUGUACUGGGUGAGCAAAAUGGUAACCGUAAUCCUGGUGGUUUACAGAUUGGAGACCUAGUAAACAUUGAUCUUGAUUUGGAAAUUGUCCAGUCUUUGCAGCAUGGCCAUGGAGGAUGGACUGAUGGAAUGUUUGAAACUUUAACCACCACUGGAACUGUCUGUGGCAUAGAUGAAGAUCAUGACAUUGUUGUUCAGUAUCCAAGUGGCAAUAGGUGGACUUUUAACCCUGCGGUUCUUACCAAAGCCAAUGUUGUCCGAAGUGGAGAUACUGCUCAGGGAGCUGAAGGGGGUACAUCACAAUUUCAAGUGGGUGACCUUGUCCAAGUUUGUUAUGACUUGGAAAGAAUAAAGCUACUUCAGCGAGGACAUGGUGAAUGGGCUGAAGCAAUGCUUCCUACUUUGGGUAAAGUUGGAAGGGUGCAGCAGAUCUAUUCAGACAGUGACUUAAAGGUAGAGGUUUGUGGAACCUCUUGGACAUACAACCCGGCUGCUGUAUCAAAGGUAGCAUCAGCAGGUUCUGCUAUAAGCAAUGCAUCUGGAGAAAGAUUGUCCCAGUUAUUGAAGAAACUGUUUGAAACUCAAGAAUCUGGUGAUCUUAAUGAAGAGCUUGUUAAAGCAGCUGCUAAUGGAGAUGUAGCUAAAGUAGAAGAUUUGCUUAAGAGACCAGAUGUGGAUGUGAAUGGACAGUGUGCAGGACACACAGCUAUGCAAGCAGCUAGUCAGAAUGGACACGUUGACAUUUUGAAAUUGCUUCUGAAACAGAAUGUGGAUGUAGAAGCAGAGGACAAAGAUGGAGACAGGGCUGUUCAUCACGCAGCUUUUGGUGAUGAAGGAGCUGUGAUAGAGGUCUUGCAUAGGGGCAGUGCAGAUCUGAAUGCUCGUAAUAAACGUAGACAGACCCCACUUCAUAUUGCUGUUAAUAAAGGUCAUCUCCAAGUAGUGAAGACAUUACUGGACUUUGGUUGUCAUCCUAGUCUGCAGGAUUCUGAGGGUGAUACUCCUCUUCAUGAUGCAAUUAGUAAAAAGCGUGAUGACAUCUUGGCUGUACUUCUGGAAGCAGGAGCCGAUGUGACUAUUACAAACAACAACGGGUUUAAUGCUCUCCAUCAUGCUGCUCUAAGAGGGAAUCCAAGUGCAAUGCGAGUAUUACUUUCCAAGCUCCCAAGACCAUGGAUUGUUGAUGAGAAAAAAGAUGAUGGCUACACUGCCUUGCAUCUCGCAGCACUUAAUAAUCACGUGGAAGUGGCAGAACUCUUGGUGCAUCAGGGCAGUGCUAACCUGGAUAUCCAGAAUGUAAACCAGCAAACUGCACUGCACCUUGCUGUUGAACGACAGCACACCCAAAUAGUACGGCUCCUGGUUCGUGCAGGUGCUAAACUGGAUAUUCAGGAUAAAGAUGGGGAUACUCCUCUGCAUGAAGCCCUGAGGCACCAUACUUUAUCCCAGCUUCGCCAGCUGCAAGACAUGCAAGAUGUGGGGAAAGUAGAUACUGCUUGGGAGCCAUCAAAGAACACAUUGAUAAUGGGACUGGGUACUCAGGGAGCAGAGAAAAAGAGUGCAGCAUCUAUUGCUUGUUUCCUGGCAGCCAAUGGAGCUGACCUUGGUAUUCGUAAUAAGAAGGGUCAGUCUCCCCUUGACUUGUGUCCUGACCCUAGCCUCUGUAAAGCAUUGGCUAAAUGUCACAAAGAAAAAGUCAGUGGUCAGGUUGGUUCCCGAAGUCCUUCUAUGAUUAGCAAUGAUUCAGAAACCUUAGAAGAAUGUAUGGUAUGCUCAGAUAUGAAGAGGGAUACUUUAUUUGGUCCAUGUGGGCAUAUUGCUACCUGUUCGCUUUGUUCUCCAAGAGUCAAAAAAUGCCUCAUCUGCAAAGAGCAAGUUCAGUCAAGGACAAAGAUUGAAGAAUGUGUCGUAUGCUCAGAUAAAAAAGCAGCUGUACUGUUCCAGCCUUGUGGUCACAUGUGUGCUUGUGAAAAUUGUGCCAGUCUGAUGAAAAAAUGUGUACAGUGUCGAGCAUUGGUAGAACGAAGAGUGCCUUUUAUCAUGUGUUGUGGUGGAAAGGGUACAGAAGAUACCACGGAUGAUAUUUCAAGUGGAAACAUUCCAGUUCUUCAGAAGGACAAAGACAAUACCAAUGUCAAUGCUGAUGUACAAAAGUUGCAGCAGCAAUUGCAGGACAUAAAGGAACAGACUAUGUGUCCUGUGUGUUUGGACCGUUUGAAGAAUAUGAUCUUUCUUUGCGGACAUGGAACAUGUCAACUUUGUGGUGAUCGAAUGAGUGAAUGUCCUAUCUGUCGAAAAGCUAUUGAACGAAGGAUUCUUUUGUAUUAAAAAUAAAGUGUCUCUUCCUUGUACCAUGUCAUGUUAGUAAAUCGAACUCAUUGAGUUUCCAUAAGCUUUAGUGGCAUCUUUGAAGGCUGUCAGGAAAACAUUUCUAAUGCUACAGAAUAAGUGUGCUGCAAUGUAAGUGCUUAGAAACCGGCAGUUUCAACACAGAUCAGUAUUUGAGUGGCCAACCUCUACUAUUUGUCAAGAAACCUAGACCAAGGUUAGAUUAAUUAACCAAGUAGUUUUUUCCUUAUAUAUGUCUUACCUUUUUCCUACCCCUUUAUGUUAAAGGGACAAUCUUGAUUUACUGUCAUGGUAAUUUUAUUUUGUAUGUGUGAACUCUGAUAUCAGACAUGUUAGUUUUUAUACUGUCAGUAGCUUUCAUGUAUAAGCAGUUUUUUAUUCUCUAAAUUGUAUUUAAGAUUUUUCAUAGUGGUGUCAGUAGUAAAUUGCAACAUCUAAGUACAGGAGUAAAAUAAUUAGCACAAGCAGUGCUUUCAGUGUUUCACAUUGGUUCUAAAAUCUGUAAUUUUAUGUAGUAUAAUAGUAUAUUAGUACUACAUAUACUACAAAUAUAUGUAGUAUAUAAUUGUUCCAAAUUAAUUUGAAGGGGAAUAGGACUUUAAAAAAACAAACCAAAAACCGGUUGAUCACAAGCACUGCCCAGUGUGCACCACAUAUACUGUGGGGUUCAAAGUACUUCUAGAAUUAGCCGUCUGACAACCUGUUUCCAAAGGUGAGGAAAUUCCAGAUGUAGUUUUGCAUAGUACACACUGCUGCCAGUAAUAAAAAGAGUAAAUCCAAGGCUUACAAGUAAACUCCUUGCAUGCCUGGGGUGGGUGGUUUUUUGGUUUUUUUUUUUUUUUUUGGAUCUCAGCCUAAAUCCUUCAGCAGAGGAACCAGUAUUACAGAGGACAGUACAUCAUAUUGACUGCAGGAAAAAAACCCUUAAUUCUUGGAGUAAUAAGGGAUAGCUAUGUCUUUGUAUUUAGCCCCAUUUUAGAUAAAUUAUUAUAAGCAUAUAAAGGAAUACUGGAGAAAUUGCUUUUUUAUAACUAGUAAUUUUAUUCCUGUUAAAUUUACUUCAGGAGGGAUGUUACUUGGAGGAAGAUGCUGUAUAUGGUGGAUGUAGUCUGCUCAUUUAGAAAUGUUGCUUGAUAUUUUAAUUUUUAAUUGACCUUUUAUGAUGAGCACCAUUAACAGAAACUGGCAUAAGGUGUAGGUGUGUGUGUGGUGUGGUGUGUGUGUUGGGGGGAUAGACAUGGGGUUGGAUCCAGAGGUCAUUUCUGCCAAUUGAGAGGGGGAGAACAAAUGUUACUGAUUUUUCCCUCCCACUGUAGACUCCCGCUUCACUCCCUUACAGUUCUUGAGCAUCUCUUAUCUCCCAUGAAUAUCAUUUCAUGCAGCUCAGUGGGCUGCAGUAGAUGGCAGAAGUUCUGUUCUGCUGACAGAAGUGCUGUAUGCCAGCAGAAAACGAUCUUUGGGUCCAACCCAAAGUAUAUACUCAUCAUGUAGUAACAGAAUGGCUUAAUGCUCCAUAAAUCAGUAGUCUAUUUCCAAACCAAGUUUUUAAAGACCUCAUUUUCUGAAGUAGCUAGGUACAAACAGAUACUUUAAGCUGAUCAUAUUUUAAUUGAAUGUGAUCAUUAAAUGAGUAUGUCUGAUAAUUCAUGGACUAUACAGAUUUAGGAAUAAGUUCGAUUGAUGUUGGUUGGAUUUACUUCUGAAUAAGGAUUUAUAACUAACAUUCCCAAAUCCUGGGACCUGAUUCCGCUCAGGAGUGCAGUGCAGGGGCAGAAGGAGCUUCAGACUUCUCUAUGAGCCAAGAUACUGAAAGGAGGGGGAAUUUUUGACUUGCUGUGGGUCUCCACAUGCACAGAUUUCAGCAGGGGCUGAAGUUCCUCCUGCCUUCUGCACGAUGCUCCUGAACCGAAUUCAUCCCCAGAGAACCUGGGAAUACUAGUUUCCUGACAUUCCAUCUGUCUCAGAUGAGUUGGGAAACUCCAACCUGAUUCAUGGCAGAUGUAAUCUCUAAUUUGACCUUAAGUUUUAUGUUCAUAACUGUAUGGUAAAUGUGUACUGGGAGUAUAAAUCUGUUAAAACUGAGUGUGAGGUGCUUGAUUUCCAAAUCAAAACAUUUUCAAUAGAGAAGUUACCAGUAAUUGUUUCCUUGGGGCAUCUCUUUAAAUAACUGGCAUACAUACAUAAGCACAAGAACAUUUUUAAUAGAAUAGGUAACAGUAAAGCAUUCUUUUUAAAUGAUACAAUUACCUUUCUAAAGCCUUAAAGCCCUUAUAAGAUUUCAGCUAUUAGAAUGAUCAGAACUCCAUUAAAAUAAGUGUUUGCAUAUUUGUAUUAAAAUAUUUUAAUACAACUGGAAAAUUCAAAGUUCCCAUUCAGUUUUGUUCUGUACACCUCCCUUAUUGCUGCCAACAUUUUAAAAACCUGAAUAAUCUUGCCAGCAGAAGACUAAAUUUAUUUGAUGUUUAAAAGGAGGCAUGAGGCACUGAAUAGAGUUCAAAUCUAGUCGAAUAAAUGAUACAUGUUCCAAUUAGUGGUUUGGAAGUCUAGUUUUUUUGUGGCUUUGAUGCUAUUUAUGCCAUUCUGUUUACUUUGUAAAGAACAAUUUACUGUAACAUCCUUUAAUGAACAGAAAACACUACACUGUUUGAAGUUUUUCUUAAUUUAAUGUGUACUUUUGUUAAAACUUGAUCGUAAAUGGAAGCAGAUGCUAAGACUUGACUUUAAACUUCUAUUAAAAAGUGUAAAUAUAAAUCUGAGGCAGAAGUCUAUGGGGAACUACAUUAUUGUUAUCCUCACAUUAAAAAGUGUGGGUAUAAUCCUGAUGAGAGAACCAUUCUUGGAGCCUCCACUUACAGUGAAAGGUCAUCUAAGAAAAAACCUAGAGUCUCCAGAUAAUGUAUUCAAUCCCAUAAGGGUUGUGAGCCUGUCUAACCACCAAUUUGCUCUUUUUUUGCUCCCCCUCCUUUGUACUGUGCCUGCACCAUAAGUUGCACAAACGAACACUAAAAUAAUUCAAGAGGCCACAGAAAUGGAUUUGGAUGCUGUCACUACUUCACAGCCAGAGGGUGAAAAGAGAAGUUGUGCACUUAAGCAGCUGGAAAUAUUCCCAUCAUUGCUUCUUCCUAUGGUAUACCCCAGAGCCUCUGCAGUGCAGAGGCUGUGUUAUUCGUCCCUCGGCUCUUCUGCUGUUGGUGUUGAGGAUGGAUGAGUUACAGAGGCUGCUACUUGACUGAAUCAUCAGUACAGUGCUUUAGGGAGCUGCUGGGAUGGUAAGGCCAUUAAGCUGUUAUUUAGACCCUGUACUCUACUUGCUGUUUUACCAUCUCGGAGGCAGCAGUGGGGCCUGUGUAUAUACCUCUAAAUUAAUGGGUAGUUUCUUCUAAUUUUGAAUUUUACAUUGCUACACAAAAUCUGUUUCCCUUUGUAUUUGUCCCAUGCAGCUAGUGUCACUAUAGUAAGACUGAUGCUACCAGAAUAGAAAAUACGCUUUAUAUAAAGAUGACCUGGAACUGGAAAAUCAUCUCUGUUUCUAAACCUAUAGAGAGAACCUUUCAACAUGAACAGAGAAACAUUUCAAUAAUAGUUAAAAUUAAUCCUUCUCGAAGACCUGAUUAAGUGUAGACCAGAGGUUCAAAUUCAAAGUGAAUGCCUGUAUAUAAACAUUUUUAACUUAAUUUUAAAUCUUCAGUCUUGAGAUUGUGGCUCACAAGACAUAUAGAGCAAAACCAAACGAAUAAAUGACUAAAGGGACAAUGUGGGUGUAAACUUUUACAACGUAUUUGUCCAACAUAUGUUUGAAUAGAACUACCAGUAUGGAGUUAUGUAUGCAUGUGGGUAUCUCAUUUUGUAAUGUUUCUUAAUGCUGGAAAAACACGUGCAUUUGGCUAGCUUGGAACACUUCAUUUAUAUGAACAUGGGUAAGCAGAACUAAACUAUUAAAAAGAGUGCUUCAAUUUAAUUCUUGUAGAAACUAGUCCUAAGAUUUAUUCAAGUAGAAAUUCAGCAAGAAGGAAAAUGUGUGAGUAUUCUUACACGAAUUACUGUUAGAUUUGGAUAACAAAUGUUAGAGUUUCUUGCCUAAUGAGAAGUGUUUGUGGUUCUUAUAUAGGACUGACAUAUGACUGCGUGCAAUUUAUGUAUGACGAUAUUGACUAUCAUUAGGACGAUAGUUCCUGUCUAGCAAUUUGUAAUGGGUGAAGGAUCUCAUGGAUGUCUGCAGCCUUCACAGAUUUACUCCUAUAUUUCAGUUAAGAUCCCCCACACGCACAUUGCUUGAAAGGAAGAGUUCUAUGUGCCACAACAGUACAUUUACAAAACUCUACAUAUAGAUGAGUGCAAUCUGACAAGCAAUGCUACUGUGCCAUCUCAGUUAAUCACUGGAAUGCAGCUUUUGCUUGGGUUAUUUUUACAAGACUUGAUGAAAUAAAUUAGGAUUGUGGACCAGUAUUCUUUGAGGAUCAUACCCUAACUAUCAUGCUAAAAGUUUAAAGGCAUUACCUUAAAUGUGUUCAGCUAUUAACUGGUUCAGAUACUCGUUGGGCUUUUCUUGGUUUAGAUGGCAGUGCAACAUAGCCACUAUAGGUUAUAUUAGCUUCUAAGUUAGUAUAGUUUCAGCCCAUUUGGACUGAUAAGUGGCAUUAAACUAGCAUUACCUCCUAGUUGGCAGUAUUAUAUAUUAAAGAAAUUCCUAUUUGCCUUAGGUGGUGGUAGGGAUCCUCUUUAAAUUAAAGCUACAUUGUUGUCAUUUCAGUUAUGUUGCUACAGUGUUGUGUAGAAACACCAAGAAUCGUAAGUAAUUAUCAUAGCUACUACAUCAGUGUAAAAUGUUUGCCUCUGAAUGCAAAGGUGAUAGGCCUACUGCCCACUGCCUAAAUUGAUUGCCCAAGUCUUUAGUCCGAGUGCUGCAUAGAAGAACCUUCCCAUAGUUGAACUCGGUUUUUUCCCCUAGAUGUCCCUCUCCCCUCCUGUGUUCCCUUUAUUUUCUGACAAACCACGUCUCCCUUUCUGCUGCUGCUGCUGCAUGUGAAUGAAUCUUGUAAAUCCUGUUAAUAGUACUACUCAUUCUUGCAGUUUCCUAAAAUAAUUGUAUUAUUUUAAUACAUUUCUUUUGCCAACGUUAGCAUUUUAGUGCCAACUGUAAUUUUAAUAACUAUGAAACAUCACUCAGGGCUAUGAAACACCUUCACAUUAAUAGGAUUAUGUGAGACUUAAUGCCUUUAGUGCCUUGGCAAACUCUUGAACUGACAGCAACUCCAAAGUUCUGGGAGCUUUCAUACAUUCACAACAUUUUUACAUGCACAUAGAGAAGAACUGCACAUUUCAUCUGCUAACAACCUUUCCUGAAUAACCUGGUGGUGUUUUGAGAGAAGUGGCAAGGAAAUGCUUAAUUCUCCCUCUGCUGCGGCUUUUUACUGCUGUCCUUUGCCUCAGACUGCUUUUCCUCAGGUUACUUUUUCAGUGUUAGACUCCUGCCUGUCGGAAAGCUUUAGAGGAGAAAGUAGUAACUGUAGGAAAUAUAAGUACUUCCAACUGAUACUUGCUAGAAAAUGUAACUCCUACACCCCAUUCACUUAAUUCAAUAAACAAUUUGGAACUGAAGUAAUGUAUAGUUCUAUCCUUAAGGCUAUUGUCUAUAUAGCAUGAACUAGCUCAGAACGUAUUACCUUAGUGCUAAGUUUUUGUGUGCGCGCAUUUCUAAAUUUUUCACUUCAUAUGAUUUGUCUGAACAUUACUGCAACAUUAGGGUGGUUAUUGUUGAAAUGUGAAGAACAAUGUUCCAAAUUCUACACCUAUAUGAAAAGAUUUAGUUGAACAGGCUCAUUAACAAUCUAGAAAGGCUGUAGGAAUGUCACAUGUAUAAUCUCCAGUCCUGAUCUCCCUGCCCAUUAGUCUGUGUCCCUUUCCAACUUAAGUGUGAAAAGGUUUCCAGCUUUGUUAGCAAAGUUGCAUUGAUUUCUGUUACUGAACUAGCAGAAAGUCCUGGACUGAUUUUCAGCUCUAGUUCGAGGCCGCGGGUUAUGUUCUUGAACCAGCCCUUGCAUUUGAUCAUAAGCACUUUUUUUUUAAUGCAACUUAGUGAGGUUCAUUGUACACUUCUUAAAAUAUAUUGCAGUCCUACUAAAUGUUUCCUAGAUAUGAGAGUGCUGUCUAGGAUUUCUAAAAUGUGUUUACUUCUUGGAUAAUGAAACAUAUUUCAACUGUAGGUUGAUAUGACAGUAUUAGAUUAAAUUUAAUUUGUUUAUGCAGAUGUAGUUAAUUUCUGUAUUGCUAAUAGCUUUACAUAACUGCUUUGAUUAGAAAUGCUUAGUUCUAAAUAAAUUCUAAGCCUUUGAAUACAAAACCAUGUACUAUAUUAAUAAAAUUUGUAUGAUUAUUUCAGUGUGAUUUUUCUCAAACUAGAUAGAUGCGUGAAUGAGCUACCAUAAUAUAGUUCAAAUAUUUACCAAUUUGAA